GGGGCGGCGGCGGCGGACGGCAGCGGGAUGCGCGGCGGCGGUCGAAAUUAAGUUUCUUUUAACUGUCACGUAGAAGAUGAAUAUGAUGCCAAACAGAAGUAACGCCUCGUCCUUUCAGAAUGUUGGGUCAGAUUCCAGUAAGAUUAUGGCAGAGUAUAGCCACACACAAAACCAGAUGGAAUUACAAAAUGCUAGUUUGGGAAAGUGUUCUGUGGUGAAUUCCCUUGAAAACGGUCUCCAGGAUAUUAUGGAAAACCUCAACACAAAGAAAUAUUCAUCAAGUCUCAAAUUUAAAACAAACGGGGACUGCGCUGGUUCUUACUUAACCCUUUCACAACCUAUGAUGGCUAAACCCAGUCCUUCCACCAGUGUUAAAAAUAUACACUCUGUUACCAAAAUUCAGGGAGGCAAGCUCUUCCCUUGUGAAAGUCCGUAUCUUCCAGAUAAAAGCUUCUCUGUAAAGCAUUUGAGUUCCCUGUCAGGCACAUCUCCAUCCCUCAGUGGGUACAGUUUAGGAAGGACAGACUUUGAUAUUCAUGCCAACAGAGAAAAUGAAAAAGCUCUUGGACAUGCAGAUAAGUUUUACUACUCUAAGUAUAGCCAGAAAAACAAGUCGUAUGACAAUGUCUACUUGCCAGGAAUGCUGGACACAAAGAAGAUCUCAGGCUCUCUUCUUACAAUGUGGAACGGCAGCUCAGGGAGUGAGCUGAUGCUUUCCCCUGUUAGCAAUUCAGGGGCAGCCAGCAUGCCUUCUAGUCCAAAGCAAGGUCGGAGAAUGAAUAUUGAAGAUGGUCUGGCCCUUCAUGCAAAGCCAGUUAAACAUAGGGAUGUGAUGAUGGAAACUCUGGCCUCACGCCCUAGGAAAUACUCUGGUGGAUCUCUAAGUCACAUGGGAAUGUACAGCCGUUCCCUACCCAGGCUUCAUAAAUCAACCGAAAGCCAGUUGAUGCCAUUGAGUUUGCCCCCGAGAAACUCUUUGGGUAAUACUAAAAGGAAAAAACUUGGAGAGAAGGAUCUACCUCAGAAUGCUUUAGAUGCUGAUAAUUACCUGAAUUUUUCUUCAUGCAGCUCAGGGGUUUUACCACAUGCAAAUUCAUUCUCUGGGAAUAAUCCCUAUGUUAGUUCAACUCUUAGCGUUCCUGCAAGCCCUCGAAUUGCUAAAAAAAUGCUUUUAGCAUCUUCUUCCUCGUAUAUUCCUGAUGAUUUUGAUAGACUUGGACUCUCAGGCACGAGUCCCAGUAGUUCGUUCUCCCCUGUGGAUUUUGACAGAUCGUUCUCUAUCAGAAGAAACCUCUCCACCAGUUCCAUGGAAUUUGAUGAUACAGAUUUGGAAAGUUACAGACAGACACCAAACUCACUGCAGACUUCUGUGAGAGAGCGUAAGAACAGCAUCAGCUCCAUUUCGGGGAGAGAAGACCUCAUGGACUAUCACAGGAGGCAGCGGGAAGAGCGGCUUCGGGAGCAGGAGAUGGAACGCUUGGAACGACAGCGGCUGGAGACGAUCCUCAAUCUGUGUGCAGAGUACUCCAAGUCUGACAGUGACCCUGCUGCAACUACAACAGUUGCUGACGUUCAAAAAAUUAACAAAGAACUUGAAAAGCUUCAGCUAUCAGAUGAGGACUCGGUAUUUGAAGACUCGCAGACAAAUCUAGAAACGAGGUUUAGAAACCACUUGAAAUCGUCAGCAAGUGAUUCGGAUUUCUCAGAGCCAAGUAACCACAGUCGCAGCACUGCUUCUUUCCUUUCUUCCCGGGGGCUGAGAGCCGAUGAGCACUUCAACGAAAACAUGAAGCCUUCACCAUUAACUACCCCUGGCUUCCUGAAGGACUCCACUGAGUCUUCGUAUCUAAGUAUCACGCCAAAGAUACCAGAAUGCACAAGUGAUGAUCAAAGAGAACAGGAGCUCACUCGACUGGAAGAGGAGCGCAUCGUAAUAUUAAAUAACUUGGAAGAACUUGAACAGAAGAUCAAAGAUUUAAAUGACCAGAUGGAUGAAUCCUCAAGAGAGCUGGAUAUGGAAUGUGCCCUUUUGGAUGGGGAACAGAAAUCUGAAACAACAGAGCUGCUGAAAGAGAAGGAAAUACUGGAUCAUCUAAACAGAAAAAUAGCUGAGCUGGAGAGGAAUGUUAUUGGUGAAAAGGCAAAGGAAAAAUUAAAACUUGAUGCUGAGAGGGAAAAACUAGAGAGGCUUCAGGAGCUUUACUCCGAGCAGAAGACGCAGCUUGAUAAUUGCCCUGAGUCCAUGAGGGAACAAUUACAGCAGCAGCUGAAGAGGGACGCUGAUCUAUUGGACAUAGAAAGCAAACACUUCGAAGAUUUGGAAUUUCAGCAGCUUGAACAUGAGAGCAGGUUAGAUGAGGAGAAAGAAAAUCUGACACAACAGCUCCUGCGUGAAGUAGCUGAAUAUCAGCGUAGCAUUGUCAGUAGAAAGGAAAAGAUUUCUGCUCUCAAAAAACAAGCUAAUCAUAUUGUCCAACAAGCACAAAGAGAACAAGAUCAUUUUGUAAAAGAGAAAAAUAACCUAAUAAUGAUGCUGCAGAGGGAAAAAGAGAAUCUCUGUAAUCUGGAAAAGAAGUAUUCCACACUUUCUGGAGGAAAGGGAUUUCCUGUCAGUCCCAAUAGUCUAAAAGAGGGCUAUAUCAGUGUAAGUGAAAUUAGUGAGCUGUAUGGCAAUUCCACGAAUAUAUCCCCUUCCACUCAGCCCCCCACAGAUGCUGACGCAGGUGCCACUGAGCCUUCCACGGCUGUGCUGACGUGCCAGCCACAAAAUAAAGAGCAUUUCAGAAAUCUGGAAGAGCGAAAGAAACAGCACAGGGAAUGCAUGUACAUGAGUGAUACUUUGCCUCGCAAGAAAACAACUCCAACUGUGUCACCACACUUCAAUAGUUCUACUCUUGGACGAAGCAUUACAUCUAAAGGACAUUUACCAUUAGGACAGAGCAACAGCUGUGGCAGUGUACUUCCUCACUGCCUGGCAACCAUGACCAAAGAGUCAGAAUCAAGAAGGAUGCACAAAGGGUAUAACCAUCAACGUAUAUGUGAAAACCAAAGGCAGAAAUCUCCUGAAUUCUACAGCAGAACAGCAUCUGAAUCCAACGUGUAUUUGAAUAGCUUCCAUUACCCAGAUCGUAGCUACAAGGACCAUGCCUUUGAUACAUUAAGCUUAGACAGUUCUGACAGCAUGGAGACAAGCAUAUCAGCAUGCUCACCAGAUAACAUUUCCAGUGCUAGCACAUCAAAUGUUGCAAGAAUAGAAGAGAUGGAGAGACUUCUGAAACAAGCACACGCUGAAAAGACUAGGCUGCUUGAGUCCAGGGAACGGGAGAUGGAAGCUAAAAAGCGAGCUCUGGAAGAAGAGAAGCGCCGCAGAGAGCAACUGGAAAAAAGACUGGAAGAAGAAACUAGCCAGAGGCAAAAACUAAUUGAAAAGGAAGUGAAGAUACGAGAGAAACAAAGAGCACAGGCUCGUCCAUUGACUCGCUAUUUGCCCAUUAGAAAGGAAGACUUUGAUCUACGAAGUCAUAUUGAAACAGCAGGUCACAACAUAGAGACCUGUUACCACGUCUCCCUCACAGAGAAGACCUGCCGAGGCUUUCUGAUUAAGAUGGGCGGGAAAAUUAAAACAUGGAAAAAACGAUGGUUUGUUUUUGACAGAAACAAGAGAACUUUUACGUAUUAUGCAGAUAAACAUGAAACUAAAUUAAAAGGUGUAAUUUAUUUUCAAGCUAUUGAAGAAGUCUAUUAUGAUCACCUGAAGAAUGCAUAUAAGAGUCCCAACCCACUACUCACUUUCAGUGUUAAGACACAUGACCGAAUAUACUAUAUGGUCGCUCCUACACCAGAAGCCAUGAGGAUAUGGAUGGAUGUUAUUGUUACAGGCGCAGAAGGCUACACCCACUUCAUGUUAUAACAAAAUGGGGCUAUAGGGCAUACUGCAAUAACGUUAAUGUAUGAAGUCAGCCAUAUGUAGUAAAAUCUGAAAAGCCACAUAAAAUACCAAUGAAUACUCUGAAAUAUCCUCCUUAUGAUGUGCAGCCAAAGCCUCAGGAUGGAAGGGUUUUCUAAAUGCACUGAAAAGGGGGACUUGCUACUUAUUUUAGUUGAUCUUUGUAGAGACAAAAGAGCUAAAGCUGUUGAGAAAGUCAUAGUGCUCCAAAACAAAUAAACUGGCCACUUAUAUGACAACAUCUUGAUUCAAUGAUAAUUUUGUACCAAUUGUCUUAAACAGAGAACAUCUUCAUCAACAGUUUACAAAUGUGUGUGCUGUCAUCAGUAUGCAAAAAUUCUAGUAUCGGAACAAAAAGAUGUAAUAGCAUAUAUUUUAAUAUGCAGCAUUUGACAUUUAUAGAUGAUUAGGUGACUUUUAAAAACUUUUAGUCAAGUAUUUUAUAAAACUAUGAAUUAAAAAGCUGCCCUAAGGUACACACGGUUCUUGCCUUAGUAGUUAAGUAUUACAACAGAGCCAAAGAGUUGUAUGACUCCCUUAUUGUAAUAUUUCAGAUUGUUAGCUGUAUUUAACUUCCUGUAAGGGGACAGUGCCAAAACUCUUCAUGACUUGUACAAAACCAUGUUAAACAACCCAGUGAUACUGACUGUAAGUUUUAAGUCUAUCUAUGAAGCUCAACAAGAAAAGGACAGCUUUAUAAAGAUGCAUUAACGUGGAUUAACUUUGUCAUUAGGAGGACUUUUGUAGUUUUUCGUGAUGAAUGGAUCGAGCUGAUUCUGGACCCAGCCAUUUUAUGUAGUCAGGACCCACCUGAUGUGGUUCUGAUCGUUCUCUGUGCCAAAUGAACACUUUGCUGAAACCUCAAAUGUUGGCGUCCAUGAAGCAAGCAUUGAAGUAUCUACCUAUCUAAAUUUUUUGAAGCAAUGUUUGUAGCCAAGGAGACUUUUUAAAAGUGCUUCUACUCAGAGUAAUGCUAUCAGAAUAAAAUGGAAAGGCAAGCUCUAAUGGUUUACACUGAGCAGUGUAUGGAUAAAAAGAAUGAAAAUUUUAAGUAUCAGGGAUUGAGAUUCCUAAGACAAUAAAAUUAAGGAGGAUACAGUGGUCUCCUAUUUAAAAAUCACCAAUUCCAAAUCCUUGAAAAAUACACAAAACUUAAGUGAAUUGAACUUCAAGAUUUCUCUUAUUCUCUGACUUAAAUGAGGUUCUAUUUCAGUAAUCAAUACUUGUGCUAUGUAAUUUGUUUGUGUAAUAAGAGAAAGCACAUAAGACAUUUUUCACGAUGAAAAACUAAUGGCUAUUGAUGAAGCAAAUGAAAAACUGAAAACAAAACAAGUUUGCUGGCAAAAUAUUUUUGUUGUACUAUGUCAAUCCUGUAUCUGUUAAGAAGGGGAUGCAUUCUUCCUUGCGAGGUAUACACAGGUGAUAUGGUUGCUCUAGCAUGACAUUUGUCAGUUUUGACUUGAAUCAUGAAAGAAGGGACAGUUGUUGCAAGAUAACUGUUAUCAUCUGUGCAGAUCACAGCUUGUAAUCCAACAACGUCAAAACACUAUCAGAAUAAAUUGCUUUGGUAUAUGUAAUUAUUAUUUUUCCCUGACAUAUCUUGAUUUUACUUCUUAGUAUAGUUAUAAAGAUUUUCUAAUCAUGAUUUUUGUAUCCUGCAUGAUGCAAUGAAGGCAUUUCAAUAAACGUUUUUAAAAAUACACUUGUUUUAAAUGUUCACUUGAUUCUUGAUGCAUUUCUGUUUCUCUUUUAAAUGAUAUUUUAUACGUUUGUGCAAGCAGUGUUGUGUUAAUCAAUAAAAAUUUAACCAUUCCGUGUGUUUCCCCAUAAAAGAAGU